UCAGACUCUCGUUCCCCCUGUACCUGCCUCCUCCGGCGCCUUUCGCUCGCCUCCCGCCAGGAACGUCGCAGCGGAAGCGGCCCUCGACGCCCGCACCAUGGACCUCUUCCACGAGAACUUCAGGAACGCCGAGGAGCUGGCCGAGCCCGUGGGCGCGCGCGUGGCAGGCGCGAUUCCCUCGUGGCUGUGCGGCUCCCUCCUCCGCGUCGGGCCGGGCAAGUUCGACCUCGGGGACUUCACCCUCAAUCACUGGCUCGACGGCAUGGCCAUUCUCUACAAGUUCUCGAUCGACGGCGGGAAGGUGACGUUCCGCUCCAAGUACCUCAAGUCGGACGCGUACAAGAAGGCGUGCGUGGCGAGCAGGCCCGUCUUCACGGAAUUCGGCACGCACUCCUUCCCCGACCCCUGCAAGAACAUCUUCUCCAGGAUGUUCUCCAACUUCGACUGCCACGCCAUGACGGACAACGCGUCGAACAACGCCUUCUGCGUCGAGGACCAGGUGUUCGUGGCGUCCGAGACCUGCUUCGUCAGGAGGGUCGACCCGGCGACGCUGGACACCCGCGAGAAGGUGGACUUGAACAAACUCGUGAGUGUGAACUUCGCUUCGUCCCACCCUCUGCGGGACCGACACGGCGCCACCUACAACCUCGGAGGAAGUUUCACGUCAGGACUCAAGUACCACAUCUUGAGGAUUCCGCAGUGCAAGGACACUCGGGGAGGCGCCGACCCUUGGAACAGCGCCCGCAUCGUGAGCACGAUUCCGUCCAGCUUCCGCGCCUCCUUCUCCUACUACCACAGCUUCGGGAUGAGCGAGGAGUACCUGAUCUUCCUCGAGCAGCCUCUUCUCGUCAACACCCUGAAGCUUGCCACCUCCCAGAUCAAGAGCAGGGCCAUGCACGACUGCAUGGAGUGGCACCCGCAGGAGAAGGUCAAGUUCCACCUGCUGCGCAAAUCCACGGGCGAAGCGGUGAAGGUCAAGUACUUAUGCGACGAGCCCUUCUUCACCUUCCACCACGUCAAUGCGUACGAGGUCAAAGAUCACCUGGUGGUUGACAUCAUCACGUACCCGAGCCCAGAGAUCCUCGACAAGUUCUACCUGAACAAAAUCCGGGCGCAGGAGUUCGACGUGAAGGACGCGCCGCAGCUGCAGAGGUUCAUCCUGCCUCUCCUGGCGGAUCUUCAGGGGAUGCCCGAGGGCGAGGAGCUGGUGAGCCUUCCGGGCGCCAAGGCUUCGGCCAAGAUCCGGAGGGACAGCUCGGGAAGCCCCUACGUGUCGCUGACGCCCGUGGACGUCGGCCGCCCCGGCUUUGAGAUGCCGGUGAUCAACCCGAAGCACACGGGCGCCCCCUACCGCUACGUCUUCGGCACCGGCGGAUACGACAUGGGCUCCUUCAAGAACUCUGUGUGCAAGGUGGACGUGGACAGCGGCCGGAGCCAGGUGUGGCACGGCGUGGAGCACCAGUACCCAGCGGAGCCGGCGUUCGUGGCGGCCCCCGACGCGAGCGCCGAGGACGAAGGCGUGGUGCUCGUGUCCGUGGUGGACGUGCGGCCCGACUUCCCCGACUUCCUGCUGGUGCUCGACGGCCGCACCAUGGAGGAGCUGGCGCGCGCGGAGGUGGACGGGCCCGUGCCCAACGGCCUGCACGGGACCUUCCUCCCGGACAGGCUGUGA